AUGGACGAUCAAGUAUGGGAGGCCUAUAGGCCUGAGAUUGAGCGUCUGUAUCUCAAAGAGAAAGUCACCCUCGAAGAACUGGUGAGGAUUAUGUGGGUCGAAUAUAAAUUUAAGAAGACGCCCAAUGAAUAUCAGUCUCGGUUUCGAAAAUGGAACGUCAGGAAGCGAUAUGGAAGAGAAAUUUGGGAAUAUAUUGAUCGUCAGACGAAGAAGAGAGAGGGACGAAACACUGACGUCUUUAUUGACGGGGAGCUCCAAACGCCCUCCAGAGUUCGAAGGGAAAUCGGAAGGCAGGUAUAUCAAUCAACAAUUGAUAGGUUUCGUUCAGUGGCUUCAAACUCAGAUGAUGCAGAGAGUCUUUCGGACAUGCUCAGCGUCACAAAUUCUAUUUCGAACAAUGUCAGCCAUCUGUUCCCAGUGCUACACCGAGAGAUUGUCCGGGCUCUGAACUCAAAUCUCGCUGAUUUUAUUGGCUUGAGGAAAGCAUACCAGGACUACACAUCCUCACAGGCUCGUGAAGGGCAGGUACCAAUAGUGGCCGAGUAUGACAUGGAACAACUCCUCCGAAUGACGAUGUACUUGAUUUCGAACAAGCUUUCCUUCAACACACAGAGUGAGAGCUUCGAUCGACAAAACUGCAUUGCUGAAGAGGAUCGCCUCUUGUUGAAGCUUCUCGAAGUCUCGGACAAGUCUCGCACCCGCAUAUUUGAACGCCUAUUGGCAACUGCGCAACCAUCCGCCCAUGCUAUCCUGGAGAGACUGUUUCAGUCUGCGAUCCGCCUGCAAGAAUUGAAGGCCAUUGAGAUGAUGUUGAAGGCUGGAAUAAGCCCCGACCUACCCGUUGUCUCCUUCAAAUCAGGAAAAGCGUUGAUGAUAUCACCCUUGGAGUUUGCGGCAGACCUCGAAAACAGAAAGGCGGCUCUUGAAAUGACACGCCUUUUGCUAUCAUUUAAAGCAAAUAUUAAUAAGUUCAAAUGGAAGCCCACUCUCCAAAUCGCCCUUGAGGCCAUGGGGAUUGAACUAGAAUCUAGUCACUGGUUCCCAGUGGCGCGUUCUGCUGAAACGGAGAAUUUGGAACUUCUCUGUCUGCUUUCGAAGUCCAGUCCCCACAUGGAAACACGUCUUCGGCGCUUUGGGAAAUCUGGUCCAACCGUCACAGCCCUUGGCCUCGCUGUGAGCCUGGGCCAGUUACAAGCAGCCAAGUUACUGAUUGAUCAUGGCGCGAAUAUAUUUGCCACCCAGCGCACAUAUUUAGACAGUGACUGCCCCGUCUUUGAGACUGACGUGCUUGGUCUAGCUGCUAAGGAAGGAAAAAUUGCUAUGAUGCACAUGCUUCUCGAGGCUUCUGUACACGGGAGAGAUCAAAGCGCCCCCUUGUCUUACGGCCUUAUUGAAUCCCUCAUCCUUGCUGUGACGUUUGGUCAAGAAGCGGCAGCGAAGAUUCUUUUGGACGCAGGUGUCGCUGUCCAGCAUGCUGACAGUUUUCUGAUGGCAAGAUAUGCCAACCAAACGACACUCGUGGAGCGAGCCUUGACUCAGCAAAACCUGGAGCUGUAUUAUACCUUGACAUCUGCGGGAGCAGUGCCCAAUUUGCCGGCUCAAAGAGACUGCUUCAGUUUCCAACUGUUUCGUUCAAUCAAACAGAAUGAUCUUCUUGAUGCAAUAGAUCUGUUGAGUUUAAAGGCUCCAUCCAAUGACGUCUACGACGAUUUCCCAGAUAGCGUCCUCGGCACAGCCAUUGCACAAGGAAAUUGUGUGCUCAUCAAGCUUCUCACAAUUCCAGGUACUACUGCUGAAGAACUUCGCAUCCCGUGCAUCCCAAACAUGGAAACAGCAUAUUGCUUGGAAGCCCUCGGACUUCUUCAGAGUAUUUUGGUCAACAACGGUCAGAUGCUACUUACCUGUGCCAUUCUUCGCGCCAAAGAGGAUGGCCUGAUAGAGUAUCUAUUAAGCCGCGGUGUGGACCAGCAAGAGAUGAGACUUGGUCCUCUUCCAACCUUUGACCAUUGGUUGGACAAUCUGGAGUUACCAGAAUGUCGAACUCCGCUGGAAGCAGCCCUCACCCGACGAAAUAUGGCUCUGGCACAAACUCUCAUCCACAGAGGGGCGCGCGUUACUGAGAAUGAACUCAAUGCAAUCGUCUGGCAAGCAGUGACAACGGACAAUGACACCAUGGUUCGGCAACUCCUUACCAUGUUUUCGACCCCUUUCCAGGCACCGACUGCAGUGGGAAUGGCAGUGCUUUGGGGAAGAACCGAACUUGUCCGGGCCCUUCUGGAAUUUGGAAUUGAUCCCACGGGUCUGGUAUACAUCACCGAUCCUCCCGACGAAGGCGAAGAAAUAACAAACCAAAAUGCAGGCUGGUGGCACUUGGCAGCCGAAGAAGUCGCGCCAUCGGUUCUGCAAGUCGCAGCAUCGAAGAGUGACCGCUCUAUUCUCCAGCUCCUCCUUGUGUCGGCGAAUUGGUCGCAAGAAGACAAAAGCCGCGCUCUCACAGCUUCUAUAUUUUGGAGAAACUUUGACCUUGUAUCGGAUUUGUUGGCAGUUGAAGCGAGCGUGAAUGAGGGGAUGUUAGAGACGGCCGCACUCUCUGAUAAAGUGAACACCGAGAUGCUCCCUCUGCAACUUGCAGUGAAUGCCGGGAAUAUCGACAUGGUGAAGCUACUUCUUCAAAAAGGUGCGAGAAUCAACCAGCUCGAAGCAGGUGUCGGUGGAAAGACUGCUUUACAAACUGCAGCAAAGAACGGCAAUUUGGAGCUUCUCGCACUACUUUUGACCUCGGGAGCAGAUGUGAAUCAUCCUCCCGCAACACAUAUGGGGGCUACUGCGCUGCAAUUUGCAGCUACUGAAGGUCGGCUUGAAAUUGUUUGCCUUCUUUUGGAUCAUGGAGCCAACGUCAAUGCUUCAGGGUCGCAAACAUUUGGGCGGACGGCCUUGGAAGGAGCUGCAGAACGUGGCCAUAUCGAUACACUGCAGGUUAUCCUCAGUAAUGGUGCCCAGAUCGAUGGUCUUGGGCGAGUGCAAUAUGUCCGAAGUGUGAAACUAGCUGAGAGUAAUGGUCAUUUUGCUACAGCCAGGCUGUUAAGAGAAUCUGGCGGGUGGACGGAGGCGGAUAGAACCCGCUAUGAUUAUGAAAGAUUUGAUGAGGAAGAGCAUCUCGGUCCUUGCUUACACGGACCGAUGGAGUGA